GACGAACUCAGCCCGCCCCUCGCGUCUCCGCAGGCCCCGGCCGGCGCGGUCAGGAGCGUCCUUGCGGCCCCGGCGCGCACAGGGUUGGCCUGGAGGCCGAGCAGGUGUGGCAGUUCCGCAGCCGAAGCACCUGCCACGAAAGCGGAAGAUGACUCCUUUCUGCAGUGGUUCCUGCUUCUCAUUCCUGUGACUGCAUUUGGCCUGGGGACAUGGCAGGUCCAGCGUCGGAAGUGGAAGCUGGAGCUGAUUGCAGAGCUCGAGUCUAGAGUCAUGGCCGAGCCCAUCCCUCUGCCAGCAGACCUGAUGGAACUGAGGAGUCUGGAGUACAGGCCAGUGAAGGUCAGGGGCCACUUUGAUCACUCCAAGGAGCUGUACAUGAUGCCGCGGACCAUGGUGGACCCGGCCCGGGAGGCCCGGGAGGCCGGCCGGCUCUCCUCCUCAGCUGAGAGCGGUGCCUACGUGGUCACCCCCUUCCACUGCACUGACCUGGGAAUCACCAUCCUGGUAAAUAGAGGGUUUGUCCCCAGGAAGAAAGUGAAUCCGGAUACACGGCAGAAAGGCCAGAUCGAGGGAGAAGUGGACCUAGUCGGGAUGGUGAGGCUGACAGAAACCAGGAAGCCCUUUGUCCCUGAGAACAAUCCAGAAAGGAACCACUGGCAUUACCGGGACUUGGAGGCCAUGGCCAGAGUCACAGGCACAGACCCCAUUUUCAUUGAUGCCGACUUCAAGAGCACGGUUCCUGGAGGACCCAUUGGAGGGCAGACCAGAGUCACUCUGAGGAACGAGCACAUGCAGUACAUCCUCACCUGGUACGGACUCUGCGCAGCCACAUCAUACCUAUGGUUUAAGAAAUUCCUACAGCGGACUCCUGGCAUGUGAUGGGACUAACUGAUGUAGCCCUGUCCCUGGUCAAUUAGGAAGUCACUCAAUAAGCAUUACUUCAAAAGAUUUGAUUUUAUGUUGCAUCAUGUACUAUU